AGAGACUGGAGAGAGAUAGUCGUCAGGUGGAUAAGCAGAGGUUUAUGAAUCAGGUUUACACUCUGUCAGAGGGGGCAGACAGUUUAGAGUGAGAGGUGAGACGGAGAGAUAGAGUUACUGUGGGGAAAUAAAAGGCAGCCGAGUCAUACAGCGGAUAGAUUAUAGAGCUUUGUAUAAACUAUCUGUGUCAUCGCAGGGCUUCACAUCAGACACGAUGGAGCUGAUGUGGCUGUACUCCCUGUGCCAAUGUGCAGUGUCUGUGUCUGUAAUUGUGGUGAGUGUGAGGUUGUGUAUCGCGGUCAGUGGUGGCCAUACAGACGUCCAGCAGAGAACCGAGGGAACCCAUCUACAACUGGGGAGCGUCUCAUGCUCUCUGCGCCUGUGCCUGGGCUGGGUGGGGGCUAUUGGGGGUGCAGUCGGUGUACCUGUGACCGUGUUGCUCAACUUGCGAACCCCACAGUGUCUGUACACCUGCAUUACCCUGGUGUGUUGCCCCCUGCUGGUCAGGCAGUUCACCAUGUUCCUGUUGAUGCUGCUCACACUGGAUGCCCACCUCAUGCAUCACUUGGCAGGAAGGUACACCUCUGUGAUGACCCGUCAGCGUGCUCUGUGCGUGGUCCUGCUGUGCUGGGUGUGCUCCGUUCUCUCCUCCUUCGCCCAGUUCAUCGGCUCAGGCGUCCUCGUCACCUGGACAAAUGGUGGGACUGGCUCGGGCACGGCUGGUCAUGAGCUGAACGACAACUUGACCACCUCUUUACCUAUCCUUACCUCUUCCCCACCCCCUAAGUAUCACCAUGAGCGUAAGGUCAUUGGACAGUACCUUCCAUACGGAGGCUUCCUAUCAAAGUUUUAUGUAGAAGACAAACACAACUUCACUUACGCUGAGAUUCACAGCAGCCACUGGGGAGAGUGUGCCCCUGAUACAAUAUUAACCCCAGAAUUCUUGGUCUAUGUGCAUGGUCUGACCGUUUUCGUGCUUCCUUUAGUUUGCCUCCUGGCUGUCUACCUUGAGUUGCUAUGUACCAAGCCCAGUAACACUCCUUUUAGUCAUGCAGACCCUCCUAAACAGGACUCCAGCCGGGUCCGUUCCCUUGCUUUAUCCCUCUCUCUGUUAGUAGUGCUGUGCCUGCCGCUGCACAUUAUCCAUGCUCUCUUGCUUUUUCAACCCACUACCAAUCUCCCUGUCUGGGCUCAUGCAGUCACCGCAUUCCUCUUCCAGCUGUACGGGCUUGUGCCCCAGGUCCUCUUCACUCCUCCACGGAAACAAGAGGUUCAUGAAAGAGCAUCCUUCCCUCUCUCUGUUCCCCACCUUCCACCUGCAGUAGCGUCGGUGAGAGGAAAAUCGGUGCGUAUGGCGCUGUGUGAGGCGGUGCAGGCGGCUCCAUGGGCUUCAGCCAAACACUCGCUGAAAGCAAAGGUGUGCCCAGAGGUCUGAAUCCUCUUAGGAAUGUAAGGAAUGUAAACAUUUGGCAUAAUAUUACAUUAGUUCAAUGCAUAUUAUUCUCCAUGUUUAUGUGUGAAAGUAAAAAAAAAAAAAACGAUUUGGGUGCAAAAGAAUAACUGCUUAUUGUCUUAUUUUCAGCCACCUCAUGUACACAUGUUAAGACUAAUUGUGCAAACUAAAGGGCCAGUUAAUUAUCAGGUUCCACACCAAAUGUCAGUAUGAAUAAAAAGAGUCUCCCA